UUCAAUGCACAGAUUAGUGUACUUAACCGUAAUAAUAAGUACAAUUUAGUCACAUAAAAAAAUUGGGAGGGCGGAGUGCGUUUGGUACUGGUACAUCACUGCAUUUAUAAGGGCAAGGGCUUAGUUUUAAUUAGAAAUCGAGGGCAUCAAAGCAAACAGCCUUGGAGUUGGAACUUGGAACGUAUAAGAGAGAGAGAGCGAGAGAGAGAUGAAGCGGGGGAAUUACAGGAAUACCAAGGCGAAGAAAGCAACAGCAGCAGCAGAGAAGGAUGAAGUUGAAGAGAUGCUGCAAGCGGCAGAGGACCAUUUGCUCCUGAAUCUGUCCGUCGACUCUCACAUGUCCCACCGCCGUGUUUCUCUCGACGACGAUAUCCAAUGUCGCUUUCAUGCCCUCAAACUCAAAAUACCAGUGGAGUUGCUGCCGCCUCCAAAUCCAAAUCCAAAUCUAAUCGGACCAAUUCCAAUUCCAUUCAAGGGGAUGAGGAACUAAAGGCAGUCCUCGGCGACGACCUUUCCGCCAGAUACGCCGCUCUCAAGUCUUCAUUGCCAACGGCCCCUGCAACGCCCUCCUCCUUCUGUACCACCAUCGCCGGAGGAUGAAGUUGAAAAGUUGAUGCGUUGGGCCAAGGACGCCGCUCGCCUCGACCCUUCUCCACCUUCUGAUUCCGAUGACGACCAGGACAAGUCUGAAUCUGACUCCGACAGCGACGGCAACAAUAGGAAGGGGAAUCGGAUAGGACCCGUUUGUAAAUAAAUUUUUUGUUUUGUGUUGGUCCGCUGUUUGAAUUGAAUUGAUACAUACAUAUGUAUGAAUAAAUGAAACAUUGUUGGUUGCAAAUGAAACAUACGAAUCUGACAUUAGUGCAUGCGA